UUUGGUCUUAUAAAGACACCCACCACUCACCUUUCAAUUCUUCACAGAAUAGUCUUAGACAACAACCCAUUUCCUUCACAUUCUCCAUCGUCCCUCAUUACAAAAUUCUGAUCAUGUUGGGGAAGAGACCCCGGCCAAUGAUCGGAAAGUUGUCGGAAUUAUUGGUCUCUAGAGGCCGUGCGGUGGCAGUUUUGGACACCGCCGUAAGCCCAAGAGGCCCAUUAGACAUGAAGAUGCAAUCACCAAGAGGCUUAAAAAGCUAUGACCUUGGUGGUGUUGGUCUUGGAAUCGUGGUGGCGCUUGAUAAAUCAAGUGAAGGUGGGCGUGUUUGUGCCUCCAAUUUGAACCGGUCCGGCCCAAUCCCGGUUCAAUGUAUGAAAAACCCAGAUGGGUUUCAAAGGGGUGUAAUUGAUGACGAAAUUGAUGUAGGAAGCUUGGAGGAAUACACCUAUGUGACGUGCCACGUACCUAACAAAACCUUCACCAAGGUAUACUAUGAUGGCGGUGAAGGUCAUGAAAUUAGACAUCAUGGGCAUAAUAACAACAACAUCAACGUUGGUGUUCUCAGAAGAACCACCCCACCAACUUUAAUUGAGCCCGAAUCAUCAUUUCCCACCUCAAAUUUUCUAAAUUCAUGUCACUUAUGUGCAAAGAAACUCCAUGGCAAAGACAUAUACAUGUACAGAGGAGAGAAAGCGUUUUGUAGCCCAGAGUGUCGUUCAAGUCAAAUAAUGAUGGACGAACGCAAAGAGCGGUGUAGGUCAGAAGCUUCAAGAUCUGUGGAAUUGUCAAGUUCGCCAUAUACGAGAGAACAAAUAUUUUCAACUGGAAUUCUUGCACUUUAGCGUUUUGUGUCUGACUCUGGCUAGGGAAAUAAACCAGAAUUGAUGCUACAAGUGUAUUCAAUAUAUUAUAUACCUACGUACAUAAUAUACGGCUAUACUAUUGUUCACUAUCUGGAAUAGUAUAUAUGAGAAUUAAGACUACUUGAUCGUAACCAAAAGAGAAUUUUUUAUCGGAAAAAAUGGUAGAUAUUCUGAUGUUUUUUCUUCUUACCAAUAAGGCAAGAGUUAUGAAUUUUGGGUUCUCAGUUGCACAGAUUUAGUUUGUUCUGUUCCUGAGUUCUGUCUCAAACAUCAAAUAAUUCAGACUGUUUCUCAGUUUCUUGGGUUGAAAUACCGAAAUAAAACUUCAAUUUUGUCCUCCAAACUUACAUGAACUAUUGUAUCAGCUCCU